UGCCUUUUGAAAUUCUCGACCCAUUCCGUUUUAAAUUCGUUUAUUUUUCUUUAAUAUUCGCGUAACCCAAAGAAAAAAAGGUUCGCAUUGGACCCAUCGAACCAGACUCAAUCUCAACCGUCGAUUAUAUCAUCCAACGGCCAAAACUAAUCAACACUAAAGAGAUCUCAUUUUUUCCCCCUUUUUCUUGAUUGUUGUUUCCGAUCAUAAACCCUAAAGUUCCCUCUCUUCUCGUCAAAUCGAGAAAUUGGCGAAACGACCAUCUCCGCUUCCUUCACCAUGUGAUCAGAUCUCGAAUCCUCUCACUAAAAUUUCUCAAUUUCUCUCCCAUUUUCAAGUUUGAUCCAAAGAAUCGAUUUGAUCAGUGGUGGGCAUAGAUCAAAAGGAAGGAGCUUUUGACUAAGUGAGUGAAACGGUGUCGUACGAGAUGGGAAUGAGACGAACCACCAGAGUCUUCGGCGUCGCUAAACCCCCUGACGGAGCCGCCCGCGUCCUCCGCUCUGGUCGCAGGAUCUCUCACAACGUCGACGAGCCUAAGGCGAAGCGAGCCAAAGGGAACAAAACCUCCAAAGGUGAAGACUUUACUGCUAACAAGCGGAGGAAAGUGAGUAGUGAAGCUGUUGAUAAGAGGUUUGGGAUUGUAUAUAAUAGGAAAAGGAAGAUUCUUUCUAACCAAUCUAGUGGUAGUGGUAGUAAUAGACCAGUGAAGCCACUUCAAAGCCUCAAGUUUUAUACCAGGCGAAGAAGAAGAAUACUCUGUGUUCCUUUGAUUACUCUUAGAGUUGAUUGGUCUUGUAAGGAUUGCUGGUUGUCUACUGUUUUCGGUUUGGUAAUGAGCUACUUGAGGAGAGGACAACAGCUUAGUCUCGCUUCUCUAGCUUCUUUCUUCAUGUCUCAACCUGUUAACGACGUGUUUGCUGAUCAUGGCGUGCGGUUUCUUUCGGAGCCUCCUCUUAGCUCAUCAAGAGGUGUCUGCAGGUUCUUUGGGGGCGUGAAUCGUCUUCCUCUCUUGUCAGUUGAUUUUUCUGCUGUUCCUGGAUGUUUCAUGGAUUUGCAUUUGACUCUAGCUCUCAGAGUGGCGCCACGGUCCUUUGCUUUCGUGGGGAGAUAUCUGUAUUUGAUGAACAAUCCGGUUGAAGAGUGUGAUUCAGAGGCUGAGUUAGUUCUAUCUCCUCCUUGUAGUCCGAGGAACAAUGGGUUGCAUCCGUUAACUGUAGGGAAUGCUCAGUGUAGAAGCAGUUUAGGUUUUGAUAAUAUCCAGAGGGGGAGAAGAAGCUCUUUAAGAAAGAGACGAGGUGGAAGAAACAUUACGCAUAGUGUACACAAGUACAAUGUUGUGACGCAACAGAAUGUGAAAGUCAUUCCUAUACCUGGCGUAAGAGAAGUGUGUGGGUAUGCGGAUGAUGAUUCUCCCUCGUUUUCUAUGCCGGUUCAUUAUAUCUCUGUGAAAGAAGAUGAGGUUUCAAGAGCCAUGGCUCGAAGCAGUGCGAUUUACGAGAUGGAUUCUGAUGAUGAAGAGUGGCUGAGGAAGCAGAAUGUGGAAGUGUUUGGUAAAGAAGAUGAAGAAGUUCUUGAGCGAGAUGCUUUUGAGUUGAUGAUUGAUGGGUUUGAAAAGCGGUGUUUCCAUAGCCUUGGGGAUGAUCUAGUGGAUGAGAAAGCAACCGUUGUUGCUAGGCAAGAGGUGGUUGAAGCAGUGCAUGAUUACUGGUUGAGGAAAAGGAAGAAGCGAAAAGCACCACUCCUUAGAGUUUUCCAGGGUCGUCGUCAAGCGAAGAAAACUCCACGACCUUCCAAAACUGUGUUUCGUAAGAGAAGAUCCUUUAAAAGGCAGGGGAAAGGCAAGCAGCUACAUCUCGUGGCUCUAAAGAUGGCUGAACAAGAAGCUUGGGAGGAACAGGAGGCUUUUCGUCGAGUGGAAGAAGCCAAGGCCUACGCUGAUGCAACCAUGGAGAUAGCCAUUGCUAGUAGAAGUAGAGCGCAAGUUCUUGGAGAGAAUGCAGAUUUGGCUGUUUACAAAGCCACGAUGGCCCUUAAGAUUGCAGAAGCCAAGAAAGCAGCUGAACCGAUCGAGUUGGCCAGAAACCUAUUCUUGAACUGAUAGAUAUUAGCAAAGAUAGAAGAAGAAAAAAUACAAGCUUGUAAAGAGAUUUGGGGAUUUUGGGGGCAUUUUUUCCAAAGAGGAUGAUGAUAUGAGAGUAUAGUCUCUGCAUAGCCUUUUUGUUAAUGUGUAUAGUUUUUCUACGGUGAUAUUGUAAAUAGCCAAAUAGGGUUUAGAUUUUUCUUAGUUUUUUUGUUUGUGUGUGUUGGUACUUCACUACCUUAACAUGAUCCAUCAUCACUUUGUUUUUUUCGUUUUUCUUCAGACUAUUAUAGUUUUGAAGAAAUGAGAAAUAGAAAAAGUAUAGAUGUUUGGCAAUGAUCAA